AUGUUUUCACAAGCUCAAUUCAAUGUUACAAUGGCUGAAGAAGACCGAUGGAAACAAUGGUAUCCAAAUAUGGAAAUGAUUGUGAAUAAUAAAGGGCCGAAACUAAUUUUUCCCGAACUCAACUUCAAUAUUACUGGAUUGGAAGAGAAAUCGAGAUAUGUUGUACUUCUUUCAAUUGAAAAAUAUGACAAUAUCAGAUAUGGAUACCGAAAUGGAAAAUGGGGACCUUCAAAAGUCCGUCAUGCAACGAAAAAAGAACAAGAAAUCAAAUAUUUCUUACAUCCAGAUGGAACAAAACUUGGAAAGGAAUUGAUGAAGGAAACUAUUAAAUUUGAUACAGUCAGGAUUACGAAUCACAAAAAAUUCAUGGACAAGGAUAAUGUGUUUUUCGUGGAAACAAUGCACAAGUAUGUUCCAGUCCUCACUGUCAAAAAUAUCACGAAUGUUGAAUCUGCAAAUCAUUCUAUGAGAAUGGAAGUAGCCCAAUUUUUCCCAGUCACAGUAUACAAUCAAGAAUCGAUCGGAAAUUGGAAAUCUAAAUUUCACAAGAACUCAACAUAUGGAAAUAGAUUGGAUGGGGGAAACAAGAGAAAGAAUACUGAUUCGAGUGAAGAGCGAACAUCAAAACGAUCAAAAAAUGAAACAGAAAUUGCUGUUUCGGAUAUCCUUCAAGUUGCCUCACAAUCAGAAAAUUAUAAUGAGUCCACGAAUUCUGGAAGGCUUCAAAAUGAGAUCAGUUCCUCUAUUCACCAGUUCCCAUCAACUUCCUAUCAAAAUCAAUAUCCACAUGCGUAUCCAACAGUCAAUACUCCACCAAUUUAUGUUCAGCAAUUCACAGCUCUAUUUGAUGAAAUCCACAAUCAAUUCGAUCCGAAAACUAAACAAAAUAGGGUUGCAAAAAAUGUUCAGUAUCUUUCAAGUGUACCACAAUUUGCGAUCAAUCAAAAGGAAAAUAUUCAUCAGAAUGCUCCAGAUUACCCAGUCUCUCAAUUUCCAAAUCAAUAUCCAUAUGGUUCCUAUCCCUAUUAUUAUCCAUAUUUUCAAUCCAGCCAACAGUUUCCACAUCUCAACUAUUCCAUGAAUAACUCUAUUUAUUCUGAUUCCUCUUUCCAGUCAUCAUUUUCUGCUGAAAAUUCAUAUUUCGAUGAAAAUGGAAAUCCUAUCCACUAUCCAUAUUAUUCUAGCAAUUAA